UACACUGUACUUACUCACAUACUCAAUAUAAGUGAAAAAUCGAAAAGGUGCGAUAGUCGCGUGGCUCGUGUACAAGUAUUAGGAGAAAAUCUUGGGCUGUGGUCUUUUUUGCGAGUCGAAGCUUUUUUCAAGCUCUCUCGGCUGCAUUGGCUAUAUGCGGACUACGGAAAAAUAGGAACACAUCUAAUAUAUAUAUGCCUCUGUGCGUGCAUGGACUCUUGUAUAUAUAUACACGCACACGCGCGGGCGCCUUUUGAGUGAUUUUGUAGUCCCUCGAGUAUAAGUGUAGCCAAAAUAAGUACAGACACCGGUCAAGCUGUUUGAUUGGAAUUUAAUUUGCAGGAGUGAUUGCACCCGGAAAAUAGAGGCAACAUGGGUGAUUCCAACACCGAGGCUGCAGAUGCAAAGGCAAAAGCCUGGCCUGCCGGCGCGUGCAUGAUGUCACUGGUUUCGGGACUCGUGGAAACCGAUCCCAGUGCCGGGGAAAAGAUCGAGGCGCCGAAAACUUGGCCGUACAUGACUUACGGCUCGAUAGCCAAGUCGGUCACCCUGAAACUAGCCACCGUCAGCCUCAUAUGGGGCAUGGGCUACAUGAACUGGAGUUUGGCUUGGCUGGUGGCCCCGAUCGCGUACGUCGUGCUCAAGGGUGAAAGGAAAAAGGACGGGGAGUUGAAGAGACUGACGGCCCAAGCUACCGCGUUGUCGAAAGAAAAACUCAUCAUCGAAAGUAGAAUCGACGAGUUGCCCACUUGGGUCUACUUUCCGGAUUACGAUAGAGCCGAGUGGCUGAACCAAAUGCUUUACAAAAUGUGGCCGAGUGUCAACCACUACGCCCGGGAUCUGUGCAAAACUGUUAUCCAGCAGAAAAUCACCGAAUGUCUGGCCGAUUACGAGGUCAAGUUCCCCGGAAUGGGGAAAGAAUUUCGCUUCGACCGGAUUGUCUUGGGUAGAAUUCCCCCAAAAAUCAAUGGUGUCAAAGCUUACGACAAGAAUACGUCCAGAAACGAAGUGGUGCUUGAUAUGGAUGUGAUGUACGCUGGAGAUUGCGAUGUUACAUUUACAAUGGGUACCUACAAGGCAGGAAUCAAAGAUUUUCAGUUGAGAGGUAAGCUGCGCGUGACCUUAAAACCACUUAUACCAGUCGUGCCAAUCGUGGGAGGCGUGCAGGUGUUCUUUUUGAACUGUCCAACAGUAGAUUUUAAUCUGGUCGGCAUUGCCGAUGUGCUCGAUCUCCCCGGAUUCAGCGAUGUGCUGAGAAAAAUAAUUUGCCAACAAAUAGCCGCACUCGCCGUUCUUCCGAAUAAAUUUAGUGUGCCAUUAGCUGCCGAAGUCUCUGCCGAAUCACUGAAAACCCCGGAACCAGAGGGUGUCCUGAGAAUUCACGUUGUACAAGCGAAGCAUCUCAUGAAAAAAGACAUUGGUAUGCUGGGUAAGGGAAAAUCCGAUCCCUAUGCCGUGGUCACGGUAGGGGCUCAAGAAUUCAGAACCAAAACCAUAGACAAUUCCGUAGAUCCCAAAUGGGACUUCUGGUGCGAGUGCGUAAUGGAAACAAACUCGGAUCCCGGCAACAUGUUAGAAGCCCAUCUUUUUGACCAAGACUCCGCCGGAUCCGACGACUCCCUUGGCAGGUACACAAUCCUCAUAAAAUUACGUUCACUCGAUCCAAUAAUUAACUGGAUAUCGUUGGAAUUGGCGAAACACGGAAUGGUUCAUCUUCACCUUGUCUGGCUUCAACUAUCCAACAGCGCCAAUGAUCUAAAAGCCGCUCUAAAAGAAACCCAAGAAUUGCGGGUAACUUCGAUGAGCACUGCCGUGCUGAUUCUCUACGUCGACUCUGCCAAAAACUUACCCUGUUUGAAAGGUAACAAACAACCCGAUGUCUACUUGGAGGCCAGCGUCGGCGGCAAGGUAGAGAGAACGGGCACGAUCUUCAGAUCUAGCAAUCCUGUGUGGGAGCAAGGCUUCACUAUGCUCGUAGGUAACCCCGAGACCGGAAUUUUGCACGUCAAGAUCGUCGACUUUAAAUCCGCAACCCAAAUUGGAACGUUCAACUACAAUCUGUCGAAUCUCUUGGCAAUGGCUGACUUGGAAAUGAAACUGCAACCGUUUGACUUGCAAAAAAGCGGCUCCGAGAGCAAAGUCUCCCUGUCGAUGAAACUAAGGGUCUUAAAGUACGAAGAGCCGGAAUUUACGUCUGACAAUGAAGAGGACGAGGACAUUCAGAGUCUCAAUAAGAAGAUCGAGCGGCAAGAAUCGAGCGUGUCCAGCAUUGUAUCGGACGUUUCCUUAAAACGCCAAGCAUCGAAAGACUCAAUGCGGAGUAACGUGAGCAACGUUACCAACCCCAAGUUAAUAGCCGAGCAUGAUGAUGCCGAGGAGCAAAAAAACGGCACCUUGGCUCCCACGUCCGCGAUUCCUCAAUAUUCGUCGAUCCGCGAGGACUCGCCAGGACUCAUUCGCAGAAACCCGAGCGUGACAUCCUACUCGGGCAGCAGUAAGCUCGGCCGCAUCCAACUGACCCUAAAAUACAGCGUUCAAAGACAGAAGCUCAUCGUUGUCGUACACAAAGUGGCUAAUCUCCCACUGCCGGCGAAUGACUCGUCAAACAUCCCCGAUCCGUACGUCAAGCUCUACCUACUUCCCGACAAGCACAAGGAGACCAAACGCAAGACCGCAGUUAUGAAGGACAACUGCAACCCGACCUUUGACGAGGAGUUUGAGUACUUGGUCUCGCAAGGCGACGUCAAUUCUCGUGUCCUCGAGCUCGCGGUGUGCACGCAAAAAGGCUGGCUGUCGACCGGCAGCAAUUGCAUGGGCCAGGUGCUCAUCAAAUUGUCCGAGAUCGACUUCAGCCAGUCCCUUACCAGCUGGUACGACCUGCAACCCGAGUCCAAAGACUAGAAGAGGCUGAAACUCAAGAGGAGAUACUAUCGGCGAUUGUUUGGUUCGUGUCUGCCCAGGAGACAGAGGCCCUUGGACUGGGGCUGAUGUGGCUUACUCGAGAGUAUGAUUGUAUAGGCAAGAAUCACCGGGUGGUGUACAUUGCAACCAAACUCUCGACUGUUUUUACACGAGUAUAUUCUUUUCUUUUUUUUUUUCAUUAUGCUAUGGUUAUGAUGUAACAGAGUUUUCUAUGCGUAUCUCUAUGUACGUUUUUUUUGUACGCCUACUUUGGUCAAAGUGUAUUGUGAGCGGUUGUUUAUUCGAUACUGCCAUCUAAAGAUAAUUUACUUAAACAAAAGUGAAAUUCUUUUUUUCUUUUUUUUUUUAACACUGCAGUGAUUCAGUAUUCACAGCUUUGGAUUUCUGUACAGCGGUCUAAUCAUGUGUUAAACCGUUUUUUAAGAUUUUCUAUCUUUUUUUCGGUCGUUUGGUACUCUGUUGUCAUUUGAAAAAAAAAAAUUCUUACAUUGAUUAAGAUUUUCUUGUUAAAAUUCAUGGGUGCUAAAUUAAUGUUACAUAAAAAGUGAUAUAGUUCAUAUGUACAGCCUGAGCUGUGUGAUAAUAAUAACAAUAAUAAUCCCCAAUGCCAUACGAAAAAUGUUAGCCAAGCAAAGUCAUCACAAUUAUUUUUUUUUUUUUUUUGAGCACAACAUACUUUUGAAUCACACUUUAUCCGUAUGUUAUCAGUUACACAUUAGAAACCUUUAAACUCGCUUAUUUUUAUUUUAAUAUCUAGAUGUAAACUUCUUUCAAUUUUCAUUAUUACUAAUAUUAUUAUAAUCUUAUGGUCCACUGGACGUUCAACCAUCAUAUUUUAACAUAAGGAAAAAAAAUAUUAAUCACAGAUGUCAAAGUCUCACGGACAGACGCAUAAUCCCUAAAAUGUGUGAUAAUGUAUAAACCUUCAGAGCUCUAUACUUGAUUAUUAUGGAAAUCGGAAAAGGCAAAGGUUGUACUUUUUUUGAAAGCCUUGUUGAAUACACGAGAAAAUAAUCAAUAAUCAAUAUUUCACUGGUGCAAAAUAUUAAAUUUCUUUUUUUUUUUUUC